AUUGUUGUAGACUAUUCUAUAUCAAUAUAUUGUAAAAAGUUUACGAAGAAAAAUAACUUGAUUGUGAUCAAAUUGAUUGUGAAGAUGAUUAGAAAUGUUGUCGUAGCCAUUUCUGGCGGUGUUGAUAGCGCCGUGACGGUUCUUUUACUUAAAAACAAAGGAUUUAAUAUUAUUGGAAUAUUUAUGAAAAACUGGGAUGUUAGAGGCGAAACAGAAAAGUGCGUGGUUGAGAAAGAUUAUGAUGAUGCUCGAUGGAUCUGUGACAAAUUAGAAAUUCCUUUGAUAUAGAUCAACUUUGUUAAAGAAUAUUGGAACAAAGUUUUUAGUGAUUUGGUAGAAAAGUAUCAGAAUGGAUAUACUCCGAAUCCAGAUAUUUUAUGCAAUAAGAACAUCAAGUUUGAUAAAUUUUUUCAUCUCGCAUGUAACAAGUUUCAAGCAGAUGCAAUUGCAACAGGUCAUUAUGUUAAAACAAGCUUCGGACUGUAUCUAGAGAAUUAUAAAGCAAAUACUAGUAUAUGUUUGUUACAGGCGCAAGACAGCAAUAAAGAUUAAACGUUCUUCUUGAGCCAGAUAUCGCAACAAACUUUGAGACGUUGUAUGUUUCCUUUUGGAAAUUAUUUGAAAACUCAUGUAAAGGUGAUGGCUAUACAAGCAGGAUUAUUCCAAAUAGCACGAAAGAAAGAAAAGGGUAUUUGCUUUGUGGGGAAACAUGAAUUUCAAGAUUUUUUUUAUUUCAGAGAAUUGCAGUACAUAGCAGAUAAAUCUGGUAACUAUAUAGAUCUGGACAGUGGACUACAGAUAGGUAAACACGAUGGUAUUCACAAACGGACAAUAGAGCAAAGAUGUAAAAUUGCUGGCUGCCUCAAACUUUAUUAUGUGUUUAACAAAGAUCAGAAGUCAAAUAUUACAGUGGUAGGUAGUACAACUCAUUCAGCAUUAUACACUGACUUUUUAAUAACUCGGAAAAUACAUUGGAUUAGUGAGGAACCAUGCGAAUUGAAAUGGCACAAUGGUGUAUUAAAUUGUAACUUUCGUUUUCAACACAGAGAUCCAUUAAUUGCUUGUAGAGUAUACAAGAUGUCCAAUGAUCGCUUAUUUAUUUGCCUUGAUGCACCUUUACGAGCAAUUAUAAAAGGGUAGUACGCUGUCUUGUACUCUGGAGAGGAAUGUGUAGGCACCUCAAUGAUAAUAGGACCAUCUUAUUUUGCACUUGGGCGGAAUUGUAUAGAUUACACUCGUUGGAAUAAUUUAAUAGCAUCUAAUAAAGUUUAAAUUAAAUCAUUUCAUUGUAUAAAUGAUUUCGAUGAUGGAAAUUACUCACUGAUGGAUAUAUGCACGCGUUAUUGUUGAGAACAUGAAUGAAUGCCGUUUAUAUGUAUAUCAUCAAGAUAUUAACACGUGUCCGCAGUUCUGUCACAGACUGUCAGGACUUAAAUAACGAUGAAGGCCAUCCCACGGAAGACGAGCAUAAACGACUACAAUAGAUUUCAUUGGAACAUUUUACCUAGCUACGAUGAUUACCCUGUCGAAGAAGAGAAUAAGUGAGUAAGUGAGUAAGCCAAAAUAGGAUGAUUCCUAUCUAAAAAUUCCAAAGAACAAUUAUUAAUUUUUAAU